GCCAGGGGCGGAGCCAACGCCGGGAGGUUGCGCCCCGUCCCCUUGCAGGGGUCCUGGAGCCGCCCUUGUCAAACGUGUUCCCGCCUCCCGUCUUCCGGAAAGGUUCCCUCCUCCUGCCUUCCGGUCCGGCACCCAACUUACGCCUUCUGGUCCCGCUGUGGGCUGCGCCUCACCCAGCCUGCGCCCCGCAUGGCUGCCUCCCGGGCGGGACAGGUGGAGCUGGGCUUCGCCGAGUUGGCGCCGGCGUGGCGACUGCGCAGCGAGCAGUUCCCCAGCAAGGUAGGCGGGCGGCCCGCGUGGCUGGGCGCGUCCGGGCUGCCGGGGCCCGGGGCCCUGGCCUGCGCGCUGUGCGGCCGCCCGCUCUCCUUCCUGCUGCAGGUGUACGCGCCGCUGCCCGGCCGCGCCGACGCCUUCCACCGCGGCAUCUUCCUUUUCUGCUGCCGCGAGCCGCCGUGCUGCGCCGGCCUGCGAGUUUUUAGGAAUCAGCUACCCAGGAAAAAUGAUUUUUAUUCAUAUGAGCCACCUUCUGAGAAUCCUUCCCCAGAAACCGAAUCAGUGUGUCUCCAACUUAAGUCUGGUGCUCAUCUAUGCAGGGUUUGUGGCUGUUUAGGCCCCAAAACGUGCUCCAGAUGCCACAAAGUGUAUUACUGCAGCAAGGAGCAUCAGACCCUAGACUGGAGACUGGGACAUAAGCAGGCUUGUGCACAACCAGAUCAUUUGGACCAUAGAAUUCCAGACCACAACUUCCUUUUUCCAGAAUUCGAAAUUGUAAUAGAAACAGAAGACGAAAUAUUCCCUGAGGUUGUGGAAAAGGAAGAUUACUCAGAGAUUAUAGGGAGCAUGGGGGUACAUAACUAAAUUAUGAAUGAAGUGACAUGUGUGGGAUGAAGAAUAACUGAGUUGGAAGUGGGAGAGAAAGGACACAGUGGACUUGAUAGUGUGAAACUGAUUGAUGGUAUGUGGUGGUUCAUUAUAGUCUUUCCACUUUUGUGUAUGUUCAAAAUUUUCCAAAAUAAAAGGGGAAUUGAAAGAAAAAGAAAAAUGCUUCCUGGAGGUAGCUGUGUCUUACCUGAGACUCGAGCUUGAGUUCCCAGAUGAGGGAGUUUGGCGGGAGGCAGCAGGGCCUGAGGGAAAAGCGUUUACUGUGUCCUAAAGGUUAUACUAAAACUUUCCAGGUACACUUGAUGAAACGCGAAUCUGAAGGCAUCCUGCACUUUCUCCAUCAGAUCUGACAGUGCAAGUGAACACCACCAAUGCCUUUCCAGUUUCAUUAAAGCUGUUAUUUUAGCUUCUCUGACUCAGGGUAUAUCAGUUAUAUUUUAAUGUACAUUACAAGACUAAUGGCUAUACUUGGAGACACAGGUCUGUUGGGGACAGUAGUGGCUCAGAGUGGCUAUAAUCCCAAAAAGGAACAUGGAGGAGAUGAACUUUUUGUUUUGGGGGUGGGCAAACAGACUCUUGCUCUGUCGCCCAACCUGGAGCGCAAUGGCUCAACUCACCUCACUGCGAUCUCUGCCUCCUGGAUUCAAGUGAUUCUCCUGCCUCAGCCUUUCAAGUAGCUGGGAUUACAGGCACCUGCCACCACGCCUGGCUAAUUUUCAUGUUUUUAGUACUGACAGGGUGGGUUUCACCAUGUUGGCUAGGCUGGUCUUGAACUCCUGACCUCAGGGAUCUGCCCACCUCAGCCUCCCAGAGUGCUGGGAUUACAGGUGUGAGUCACCAUGCCUGGCUGGAAAUGAACAUUUGAUGAGUGAGUGAGCAAGUGUACCAGCUGAGGAUACCAGUGAUAAGAAGGGCUCACAUAUGUUGGAUGUUCUAUGAUGUGCUGGGCAGUCCUAAGCCCUUGACUUGACCAUUCUGUUAU